AUGCACCACCCAUUUAACAUUUUUCACUAUUAUCAUUCCCAUUUUGAUUCAUUGAACUUGAAAUAAAAGUACAUUUUGAACAUGGCAAGUGCAAUUUCUUGGAGCAAGGAAGAAAACAAAGCAUUUGAAAAUGCAAUUGCAACUUAUGGGGUUGAAGAUGAUGACUCUAAAGAGCAAUGGGAAAAGGUUGCUCUAAUGGUGCCAAGUAAAAGUAUUGAAGAAUUGAAACAACACUAUCAAUUACUAGUAGAGGAUGUUAGUGCAAUAGAGGCAGGGAAUAUACCCCUUCCUACUUAUGUUGGAGAGGAAGCAACUUCUUCUUCAUCUAAAGAUUCUCAUGGACUUUCUGGUGCUUUGGCUGCAGAUAAAAGAUCGAAUUGUGGUUAUGGAAGUCGGUUUUUAGGGUUAGAUAAUUCAUCUAGUCAUGGAGGUAAAGGAGGAUCAAGCUCAGACCAAGAAAGAAGAAAAGGAAUUCCAUGGACUGAAGAAGAACAUAGGUUGUUUCUACUAGGACUCGACAAGUUCGGAAAAGGAGAUUGGAGAAGUAUAUCAAGAAACUUUGUAAUAUCAAGAACACCAACACAAGUAGCAAGUCAUGCUCAGAAAUACUUUAUUCGGUUGAACUCAAUGAAUAGAGAUAGAAGAAGGUCUAGUAUUCAUGACAUUACUAGUGUUAACAAUGGAAAUGUAUCUUCUCAACAAGCACCGAUAACCGGCCAACAAGCUAACACGAACCCGGCAAGUACUGCUGCUGCUAUGGGACAUGGGGUGAAGCAUAGGGUUCAACCCCAUAUGCCUAGUUUAGGCAUGUAUGGAGCACCGAUGGGGCAUCCGGUGGCAGCUCCUCCAGGUCAUAUGGCAUCAGCCGUUGGAACUCCAGUUAUGCUUCCGCCUCCCGGACACCAUCCUCAUCCUCCCUAUGUAGUUCCUGUUGCUUACCCUAUGGCUCCGCCACAAACAAUGCAUCAAUAGUCGUACAUCUCUCUCUCUCUGUCGCUCCUGCUUGGCCAGAGAAUUUCAGAUUAUGAUGGAUGGCAAAGGGGAGAAUUUUUUUUAGCCAGGGUAUUAGAAUAGGAAUUUAUUGAUGAAGAGUAACAAGUUUAUCGGAUUUCGUCAAUGAUGCAAAAAGAUUCAAUGCAUUUUCCUCAGGUUUGUAUCCCUACUAAUUGUUUUAGAAUAUGCCAUAGAAGAGUAUGCAAUCAUGUAUCUAAGCUAAUACAAUCCUUUGUACUGGUUCUUUGAAUUUUUUUUGUUUUUUCUUUUUUCUGCAUAUAAGAAUAAGACACUAGAAAUCCAUCUGUUUUUACCUCAAUUGGCUAGACCUCAGAUAUUUUUAACCAGUUGAGCUUACAAAUGAUUACCAUUUUUAUGUCU